UGUGACAGUUUACCAAGGUCUGGGAAGUCUUGAUAAUCAAUAGCCUAAUGAGCUGGAUCGAUCUCGGAGACCAGGUCCAUUCAAAUAGCAUCGAGCUGAGCAGAUGUGCCACCCACUGACUACGUAGAAUUCAAUUCAGCAAGACGCCCUACUAAACAUGGCUUCAAGACUCCCGCUGCACAUCGGUAUCCUCCUUGGGUCUGCUCGAAGUCCAAAUAACACGUCUGGCUUCUACAAGCUCGUUCGGCAACACUUGGAGAGGUUGGCUCCAGGAUCCAAGAUCUCAGCAUAUGACCCUUUCACGGCGCCGCUGCCCCUCGGACCUUAUGUGAUGUCUGCGAUGGCGUCUACUCUGAAGCCAGAGAGAAGGGAAGAUGGCUUUGCCAAUUUUGGGUAUCCCGAUCCCAGAGUGCAAGAAUGGAGUCAGAUAGUACAGGAUCUUGACGCGCUCAUCAUCAUCACUCCUCAGUAUAAUUGGUCGUUUCCCUCUACCAUCAAAGAAGCCGUUGAUCAUUUAUAUUACGAAUGGGCCAAUCUACCCUUUGCGACCGUCAAUUUUGGAGGCAUGGGCGGCGGAGACAAGUGCGCUUCUGCACUUGAUCAAGUCAUUCGAGGAGUUCACGGCAAUCCCGUCUCCACUCGCAAGAUCACAAUCAAACUUGAUCCAAAAUACUUCAAUCAUGAUCACAUCCUUUCAGGUGACGAAGAUUUCCUCAAAGAACACUCGGAACUAUUGGAUCAAGAAAUGCGCAAGGUCAUUUCAGCCGCCAAAGAGAGGCAACACGUCAAGAAAGAAUUCAUCAUGAAUGCUCCUGCUUGGGUCGCGGAAGAGAAAGCCAAAGCCAGGGCUGCUAGCCAGAAGUAGAGAACGUGCAUUUCGUAGAGGACAGAUCUGAUUUUUUGGCACAUUUGCUUGACAUGUGAUCAGUGCACUGUG